AUGUCUUCUUAUAUAUAUUAAGAUAUUCAUAAGAACUACAAAAGAAAGAAAGGAGAUGGAGUGGUCAACGUCUAGCAACGUAGAAAACGUGAGAGUUGCUUUCAUGCCACCGCCAUGGCCGGAGUCUAGUUCCUUUAACUCGCUCCACAGCUUCAACUUUGAUCCUUACGCAGCAGGAAAUUCAUACACGCCUGGCGAUAUGCAAACCGGACCGGUUAUCUCUGUACCGGAAUCAGAAAAGAUCAUGAAUGCGUACCGAUUUCCGAACAACAACAACAACGAGAUGAUAAAGAAGAAGAGACUAACGAGUGGACAAUUAGCUUCACUUGAACGGAGUUUUCAAGAAGAGAUCAAAUUAGAUUCAGACAGGAAGGUGAAGCUGUCGCGAGAGCUCGGUCUGCAGCCACGUCAGAUAGCGGUUUGGUUCCAAAACCGUCGUGCACGGUGGAAGGCGAAGCAGCUCGAGCAGUUGUACGACUCGCUUAGACAAGAGUACGACGUCGUUUCCAGGGAGAAACAAAUGUUACACGAAGAGGUGAAGAAGCUGAGAGCUAUACUAAGAGACCAGGGUUUGAUCAAGAAGCAAAUCUCGGCCGGGACCAUCAAAGUUUCCGGUGAGGAAGACACCGCGGAGAUUUCGUCGGUGGUAGUAGCUCAUCCAAGAACAGAGAAUCUGAACACAAAUCAAAUCACCGGAGGAAAUCAAGUGUACGGUCAAUACAACAAUCCCAUGCUGGUUGCUUCCUCUGGCUGGCCGUCUUACCCGUGAUAGAUGUUGCUGAUCUCAAAGAGAUUGAAAGAGAUCAAGGAGAAAGAGAGAGAGAGAGUGUCACAUAGAGCUUUAGACUAGGACUUUAAGUAAUGUUAGACUAAGACAAGCUUUCUCUCAUUGUACGAUCUUAAGACAUAAAAUGGUACGUUCUUG